AUGACCCCAUUGAAUUCAAAUAGCUCCAAUAGCUCAAAUAUCCGAAAUAGCUCCAAUAUCCCAAAUAGCUCAAAUAGCUCCAAUAGCUUCAAUAUCCCAAACUCCAAUAGAUCAAAUAUCCCAAAUAGCUCCAAUAGCUCCAAGAGAUCCAAUAGUUCAAAUAUCCCAAAUAGUUCAAAUAUCCCAAAUAGCUCCAAUACCUCCACUAUCCCAAAUAGCUCCAAUAGUCAAAAUAGCUCCAAUAGCUCAAAUAUCCUAAAUACCUCAAAUAGCUCCAAUAGUUAA